AUGAUUAAACAUAGUUCAGAUUCAUUUGUAUGCUGGUAUUGUGAAAAGAAUUUAUUAAAUAAUCGUUAUGUAAUUAAAGAUAAUUUUGCUAUUUGUUUAUUUUGUUUCGAAGAAAAAUAUUCUAAUCGUUGUUUUCAAUGUAAUCAAAUAAUUGGUAUUGAAAUGCAAGGAAGUACAUUUAAAGAUAAAACUUGGCAUAAUACUUGUUUUAAUUGUUCUAUUUGUAAUUUAUCUUUAAUAAAUAAGAAAUUUGCUUAUCAAAAUGAAAAAUUAUAUUGUCGUCAUUGUUUUAUUAAUGAAUUUGCUGAACGAUGUUAUCGAUGUAAUCGAUCAUUAGAACCUGGUGAUAAAUGUAUACAAUAUGAUAAAAAAUUAUAUCAUAAAUCUUGUUUUGCAAUUACGAACGAUGGUAUAGUCUAUCAUAAUCAUCCAUUUCAUAAUGAAUGUUUCGUAUGUACAUAUUGUUCUAUACCAUUAGGAAAUCAACGUUAUAUUGAACACAAUAAUGAUGCUUACUGUUCAAAUUGUUCUUCAAAUUUAUUUAUUAAAAGAACAAAUAUAAUUACAUAA